AUGUAGUUUUUGAAAUUGUGCUGCUGGAAAGAUGCUUUAAGAGCAGAUAUUGAAUUAGGAGGUAUUAAGAAGCGGAAUAAUGGAGAACCCUAAUUAGUUUUGAAUGUUUCGAUAACCUAUGGAAGUAUUAGAAGUAACACAGAUUUUUUAUAUUUGCAACCAUAAAAAGAUCCAAAUCAAGCGAGAUAAGAGCUUAAAAGCAUCACUAACACCAGUACAGCUAGUUCUUAAGUGCCAAGAUUUCAUGAUAAUCUAGGACUUAGAGACAGAGAUAACAUACCCAAGAGGUUAAAAGAUGUAAAGUAGGAGAGAGUUAUUCUUAUUGAGAAGGACACAAAUUUGUGUGAUAAUAUCGGUCAUGGUUAUAUUGAUUUGCAGACUUAGAAAGGGAAUUAUAAGGUAUACUAUUUGAGAAUUGAAAAUGAGCAAAGAAUUCUAUCAAAUAGCAGACUAGAAGUAAUUGGUGAAAGUGUGAUGUUUACGCUAGACUAGUUAAAUAGUGAAAGCGAUAAAAGUAGAGAUAAAUUGAGAGAAUAAAGCUCAAGUGAAUAAUAAAAAUCUUACGAGGAAUCAUACUCUUACACAAAUCAAGAUUCCUAUAAUUUAGUAAAAAGAUAACUUUAAGGGAGUCCGAACUCCUAUGCUGAGUCAAGUUUAGAUUCUGCUGUACUUAUGAGAUAAAUAUAAUCAAACCCAGUUGCUAAUUCAUAUUCUCAAUCUAUGUUAUCAUCAGAUUAAACUAAAUUAAUUGGAUAAAAUUCAUAGUAUGAUGGAGAUUCAGGUUCGAUUUCAUACUAGCAUUAAUCUAAUUAGUAUGAUAACCAGUAAUCUUCUAAUUCCUAAUUUUAUUCAGAAGGUAACAGCAGAUAGAGCCAAAAUUAAUCUCAAUCAAUUAUUGUGAAGAAAGAUGCUGAUGACUCACUCCUCUAUUCAAAAUCAAAUCAAUCAAAAAGUAAACAUAGAAGAGGGCAAAAUAUGCAAUUUGUACUUGAAGACUUAUCAAAUCAAAACAUUGCAAGAAGAAUAAAUUAAAAGUAAUAAAAUUAAGGAUAAGGUAGUAAUUUAAGCAUAAGAAAAAGAAUUGCACCUAGUGGAAAAGAAAAUUUAACUGAAAUUAGGCCAAAAAGAGGAGGAGAAAAUAUGGACUAAAAACCUUACUCGCUUACAGCAGCAAGUCUAAUGAAGAAGAAAAAUCUAUUUGGUGGGCCUUCAAGAAAUUUUCAAAACAUGCUUACUGAGGAAGAUGAUUUAGAUGUUAGAUAUGUAGACAAUAUUGAUAGUAUUGCCCCACUUCAGUAUUAUCCAUAGACAAAAACUUAUUUUAAGUGCUCAAUCUAUUCUCCAUCAAAUAGACUCUUCACUGUAAAUGAAGAAGUUAAUUCAACUUAGAGUGACCUAGGAGAUUUUACAUAAUCUCAUAUAGUAAAUGGGUUAAGAGUAUCUGGGUUGUUGUUUUCAUAAAAGAAGGCAUAACAAGUAAGCGAUAGAAUCAUUGAUGAAAAUUAAAAAAUUGAGGAGGAGGAAAACGAUGAUGAAGAUCCUGGAAAUCUUUCAGAAGGUAUGAUUUUACCUUAGACUCCAACACCAAAGAUCAUUUAGCAAAUGAAAAAUCAUAACUUAAAUGAUGAAAUUAGUGCAAAAAUAUCUAAUGGUAUAUCAGGUACUCAUACGCGCACAAGUUCAACAAAAGCUUAAUCUCUGAGAGGCUCUAUCCAUUUAUAAAAGCCAUUAGGUUCACAUUUCUCAUCAAUAACAUCUCUGCAUCCUCCAAUAACAAAUAAUUCAAUUAAAAACAUAGAAAAGAUUGAUAAGCAGCUCUUGAAUAAAUUUUUAAGAGAAACUUUCUCUGGAGUAUUACCUUAAGAAAGUGGUAUAUAACGAUUUAAGAGAGAAAAAAAUGGAGACUCAAUAGAUGAUCUAAAUGACGAUGUCUAAAAAUAUAUAUAACCGAUGCCUAGCUCAUUUGUUGUUCAGGGCGAGUCUGAUUUUCUUUUGAAAGGCCAGACAUUUGGGUAGCAAAAAUAAAGUGAUCCUGUAAUAUCAUAUGGAGGACCAGAAGCUUCAAUUAAAUAAAGAAAGAAGUCAAUUGAAAGCAUUGGCAAACUUUCUAGAGGUUCUUAAAAAAAGAAAAAUCUUCUAUCUGUUGAAAAGACACUUAUUAAAAUUCCUUAAGCUGUUGGAUCAAGAAAGAGUUCAAAUCAUGUAUCUUCAAAUGGAUCUGUAAAUGAUAAAUCAGAAUAAAGCCCUGAAACGUAUUAUGAUGAAGAAAACAGAAAAGUUUUUAUAAUCUAAAAUAACUUUGAACAAGGCCAGCAAGUAUAGCACUGCAUUAAAUGGGAGGAGAAUACUGAUUUAAAGCUAGUAGGUCGUGCAAUAGAUGAUGUCAUCACAAAAGUAAAAAAGCUAGCCUCCCCUCAAAAGUUAUAAUUAUGA